AGAAUCUCUCCACGAAUUUGAGAAACAACUAUCGUAAAGUCUAUUGAUUAAAAAUUGCAUUAGACAACAAGAGACGUUAAUGAAGAAAAUUUAUUUAUUUUUCUAAACUGUUCUUCAUCUAUGAAAAUUCUGGAAAUGGCUUACGACGCUGGAGAUUCGCCCAAUGUGUCCAAUGUGGAUAACGAUUCCAUAACCUGUACCAAUGAGUACUGCGUCUCGGAUGAAGACUACUUAGCUAUGAUCGAAGACUACAUCUUUCCAACACCGUAUGAGUGGGUGCUUAUUUCUCUGCAUGUUACUGUGUUCAUUGUCGGCUUGGUGGGGAACGCUCUUGUCUGCGUGUCUGUGUACCGCAAUCAUAGCAUGAGGACUGUCACCAACUAUUUCAUCGUGAACCUGGCUCUGGCGGAUUUUUUGGUAAUCCUCGUCUGCUUACCACCCACCGUACUUUGGGACGUGACAGAAACAUGGUUUUUUGGAAGUCUGACUUGUAAACUCGUCUUGUAUUUACAGAGUGUUUCAGUAAGUGUAUCGGUGCUGACUUUGACUUUUAUAUCUAUCGACCGAUGGUAUGCUAUCUGCCAUCCCUUGAGUUUCAAGAGCACUGCUGCUCGAGCGAAAACGUCAAUUCUCAUCAUAUGGUUACUAUCCACUCUAGUUGUCCUUCCAGAAGCUAUAGUUUUGGACACCAGGAAGCAUCCUCUGCCAUUAGAUACGCUUUAUCUCACAGACUGCACGUACACUUGGAGCGAGAAUAGUACUCGGAUUUACCAGUUAUUCUUACUUUUGUUUUUGUAUGUGGCACCUUUUCUGCUAAUGGCCGUAGCUUAUUAUCAAAUAGCUAAGGUGUUGUGGAACAAGAACAUACCGGGAUCAUCCGAAACAAAUCAUCAUCCUAGUCGAACGGCCGUGUCGAAGCAAAAUGGUCGGAAUGGAGCUACAGUCCGAUUGAUCACCGUCAAUCCAAGCUGCGAAGGUCAAAUACAGUCACGAAGGAAAGCUGCUAAGAUGUUGAUUGCGGUAGUGGUCAUCUUUGGACUCUGUUACCUCCCGGUUCAUCUCAUCAACGCUCUAAGGUACACCGUGGGACUGCCCCAGACGCCAGCGACAACCGUCGUUUCUCUCAUAUCACACUGGCUGUGUUACGCGAACAGCUCCAUCAAUCCUAUCAUAUACAAUUUCAUGAAUGGAAAGUUCCGGAAGGAGUUUAAAAACUUUUUGUGCUGCUACUGCUGUCGAAGUUCUUAUAUGAGUCGCCAUGGCAACAAUGCGACUGGGAAUAAGUAUAGAUUUACGACAUCUGUCACGCAAAUGGAGAACAUAAAUCUCACAACUAUAGAGAAAACUUAAAACGAUUACUACAAGACGUGAAUUCGGAACACUUUGAAUAAUUUAUUGUGAAAUGGUUUUUGAUGUUUUGCCAAAGAGGAAUUAACUUCACUAAAUUGAAAUGCAAUUUUAAAAGAUGUGUGACAUUAAAUUUUAAAUGACUCUAAGCUCUAUUGUAUUUUGUUUGUGAUACUAAAUAAAGUUUGUGCUUCACAGUGUAACAUUUCCUUUUCUUAUUAAUAUUUAUGAAGCUUGUAAAUGUUUACGCUUUUCAUGCUGCUGGCAUCCUGUGAUCAUCAAAUAAUUUUGA